UUGAUUUCCGGUGUUAAAUGUUUGUAUUUUCAGGUUCGUGUAUGUGUGCGCGCGUGAGAGUUUCUAGCGUGUUUGUGUGUGUGUGUGGAUGUGUGUGUAAACGUGCUCAGCUCGGAUACUGUCACAGCUUUGCACCGGAGGCAGGCUCCGUGUUCCCUACAUGCAAGUUUACCGUCGCGGCUCCACAACCUUUGCCCAGUGAUGACCGAAAGCCCCGCGACCAAGUCGGCCAACGGGGAGCUGGUGGGUCAGCACGCGAAGAACGGACUGAGAACGGACAGAAACGGCUUCUUGAAGAGCCUCCACUGCUGCCACGAGUGGCCGCCCAAGAAGAAUCACGGCCGGCAGCAGGACGAGGAAGAGGUCCAUGCAACGUUUCAUCAUGGCAGCCUGUAUAACCGACCGUUCAUCGAAUCGUUUGAGGAGACGCCCAUGCUGGUGGCCGUUCUCACCUACAUGGGUUACGGCAUCCUCACCAUCUUUGGCUACCUCCGUGACUUCCUCCGACACUGGAAGAUCGAAAAGUGCCACAUCGCCAGAGAAAAGGAGGAACAAAAGGACUUUGUGCCCCUCUACCAGGACUUUGAGAACUUUUACACCAGAAACCUUUACAUGAGGAUAAGAGACAACUGGAACAGGCCCAUAUGCAGCGUCCCAGGAGCCAAGAUGGACCUGAUGGAGCGAGUCUCCCACGACUACAACUGGACUUUUGAACACACAGGUCGGGUAGUGAAGGAUGUGAUUAACCUGGGCUCAUAUAAUUACCUCGGCUUCGCAGAGAAUACAGGUCCAUGUGCUGAGGCGGCAGCCGAGGUCACCAUGACAUAUGGCGUCGGCGUGGCGAGCACUAGGCAGGAAAUCGGGAACCUGGACAGACAUGAGGAGAUGGAGAAACUGGCGGCGAAGUUCCUCGGCGUGGAGUCAGCCAUGGCUUUUGGAAUGGGGUUUGCAACCAACUCCAUGAACAUACCUGCCCUCACUGGCAAGGGCUGUCUGAUCUUGAGUGAUGAGCUGAACCAUGCUUCUCUGGUCCUUGGAGCCAGACUGUCCGGGUCCACCGUUAGAGUAUUUAAGCACAACAAUAUGCAGAGUCUUGAGAAACUGCUGAGAGAAGCUAUAGUUCACGGUCAGCCCAGGACGCGCAGACCCUGGAAGAAGAUCCUGAUAGUUGUAGAGGGCAUUUACAGUAUGGAGGGCAGUAUAGUGCGCCUCCCAGAGGUUGUAGCUCUGAAGAAGCGCUACAGGGCCUACCUUUACUUGGACGAGGCCCACAGCAUUGGGGCUCUGGGUCAGAGGGGAAGAGGAGUGGUGGAUUACUUCGGUCUUGACCCCUGUGAUGUGGAUGUUCUGAUGGGCACCUUCACCAAGAGCUUUGGUGCUGCAGGGGGAUACAUUGCAGGGAAAAGGGAGCUGAUCGAGUACCUGCGCUCCCAUUCUCACAGUGCAGUUUAUGCCACUUCCAUGUCUCCUCCUGUGGUGGAGCAAAUCAUCACUUCUAUGAAGUGCAUUAUGGGAGAAGAUGGAACAACCAUAGGAUCUCAGCGAGUGCGGCAGCUUGCACAAAACACAGUCUACUUCCGCACGAGGCUUCAAGAAAUGGGUUUCAUCAUCUACGGCAACGCCGACUCCCCGGUCGUACCAAUGAUGCUCUACAUGCCCGCCAAGAUCGGUGCGUUUGGCAGGGAGAUGCUGAAGAGAAACAUCGGGGUGGUGGUCGUGGGCUUCCCUGCCACGCCCAUCAUAGAGUCCCGGGCACGCUUCUGCAUCUCCGCCGCUCAUUCCAAAGACAUGCUCGACAGGGCGCUGAGUGCCAUCAGCGAGGUAGGAGACCUCCUUCAGCUCAAGUACUCCCGUCACAGAAAACAGUCGUCUCUAUCGCGGCCUUUCGAUGAUGCCAUCUAUGAGGACGUUGUUGACUGAUGAAACGCUCUUCUUCUAAAGUGACAUGGACUAGAACAGCCACAAGAAGUGCAGGUCAAGGUGGACCACAAGUUUUGAUGAAGAUGUGCACGACUUUAACAUAACCCCACAGCAAAUGGAACGCUCUCAUCUUUUUGCCUUAAACAUGCAGAACUUGUUGAAUGCACCGAAAACAGCUCCUCUCUGUUCUUUAUCA